CCAGCGAGAGCGGGCCGACCAGAUCCCCGGCGCCUGCCCACCCCGGGGUCACUGCGGAUCUCUAAGCCCCGCCCCUACGGAUCUGGGGAGGGGAGGGCCCGCCAGCCUACUCCCUCCCCCCGCGCGCUCUCCGUGGGGGAGGGGUGUGAGGAUGCGCGGGGGGCGGGGGGCGGGGGGAGGAGGAGCAGGCGUCGCCAUGGCAACCAGGCGGGUGGUCCGGCGCCGCAGACCCGGGAGGGAGGCGAGGAGACGGCCGGGGAGGCCGGCGCCGCGGGCUCGGCGCGGGGGCAGGGGCGGGGGCCCGGGGUCUCCGGGGAGUUGGGGAACACCGGGCGGUUCUCGCCGCUGGUUCCCGGUGGCGCAGGGAGCCCGUGUGUCUGCGAGCGUGUGCCGGCGAAGUUCUCCGCGGUGGGUUAGUGCAUGUGUGCGGGCGUGCGCACGUGGGCGCAGGCGUGUGCGCGGGAGUGCCCGUGGGUGUGUGUGUGUGCGUGCGUGUGGUGUGCAGUCGCGUGCGCCCCGGCCGGUGCCCGGCGGGCGCGGGCGGGAGAGUCCCGCCCCCUCCCCAGCCUCCGGCCGCCCCUCCCCGCCCCCCCGCCGCCUGCGCCGGCUGCUUCCUCGCCUCCACCUCGCUCACCCCCUCCUCCCCGCACUUUCUCCGGCUCUCCCUCCCUCCCUCUCGGCUCUCACCGCCGGACUCCGCGCUCUUCUCGCUGGCCGCCGAGGGAGUCGCCGGCCGCCACCGCCCAGCCUGUACCUGCCGCCCCCCCGCCCAGGGCUUGGGCACCUGUUGGAGGCACAGACACAGGUGCAGAGGGCUGGGCCGCCGGGGGCGUGAGGGUGCGGGAGCGCGUGUGUGGUAGCCUGUGAGCCCACGGCGUGCUUAGCUCCCUGGAGGCUGCAAUUUCUGGCUCCUCUUGGAGAGCCAGUCUCAGGAGGAGGCAUCCGAGGCGGGGGUCCCCCGCGGGGGGCUGCAGGGUAGGGGGGACCAGGCACGCAGGUAGGCAGGCCGAUCCUGGGGCUGAAUGAAGGGACAGCGGGCCAUGAAAGCCUACAGGGGUGGGUGACACCCGGCCCAGACAGGCCCCUGGUGCAGAGGGACAGACAGAGCCUAGGAGAGGCAGAGGGCGCCUGCAGGGCUGCCUCAGAGGUAGGCAGGGCCCAGGGGCAGACGGCAUCCCAGGAUGAGGGGCAGGAGCUGGGAAGAUGGCAUCGGGACUGUGCGAAGGUAUGUGGGCAUGGCCAAGGUGGAGCCAGGCCCUAUCUGGGGGAGUGGGCUGGCAGCCCAGCCCCAGUGCAGCGAAGCUGGGGGUCUGGAGGGCUCAGGCCUCCUGCCUGCCCACCAGCUGGCCCAGGCCACCCUCUCCCUCCACACCUGGGAAGGGAAGCCAGGGAGGGCCCCACCAACUGGGGAGGUUGCCGCCUGGGGCUCACGCUCUCUUGGACCUCCCUCCUGCAGCCAAGGGUGCUGCAUGAGGGGCCGCAGGGGCGACCGCAUGACCAUCAACAUCCAGGAGCACAUGGCCAUCAACGUGUGUCCUGGGCCCAUCCGGCCCAUCCGGCAGAUCUCUGACUACUUCCCCCGCCGGGGACCAGGACCUGAAGGCGGGGGCAGGGAUUUCAGGGAGGCCCCUGCCCGCUUGGCACCCCUGGCCCUGGCCCCGCCUGCAGCCCUCCUUGGGGCCACCACGCCCGAGGAUGGAACGGAGGUGGACAGCUAUGACUCGGAUGAUACCACCGCCCUGGGCAUGCUGGAGUUUGACCUUCUCUACGACCAGGCCUCCUGCACUCUGCGCUGCAGUAUCCUCAGGGCCAAGGGCCUCAAGCCCAUGGAUUUCAAUGGCCUGGCCGACCCCUAUGUCAAGCUACACCUGCUGCCUGGGGCCUGCAAGGCCAAUAAGCUAAAAACUAAGACUCAGAGGAACACGCUGAAUCCCGUGUGGAAUGAGGAUCUGACGUACAGUGGGAUCACGGAUGAGGACAUCACCCACAAGGUGCUCAGGAUCUCCGUCUGUGACGAGGACAAGCUGAGCCACAAUGAAUUCAUUGGGGAGAUCCGAGUACCCCUCCGCCGCCUCAAGCCUUCACAGAAGAAACAUUUUAACAUCUGCCUUGAGCGCCAGGUCCCGCUGGCUUCACCCUCCUCCAUGUCAGUGGCACUGAGGGGCAUCUCCUGUUACCUGAAGGAGCUGGAGCAGGCCGAGCAGGGGCCCGGGCUGCUGGAAGAGCGCGGGCGCAUCCUGCUGAGUCUCAGCUACAGCUCUCGGCGCCGGGGGCUGCUGGUGGGCAUCGUGCGCUGCGCCCACCUGGCUGCCAUGGACGUCAACGGCUACUCCGACCCCUACGUCAAGACGUACCUGAGGCCUGACGUGGAUAAGAAAUCCAAGCAUAAAACGUGUGUGAAGAAGAAGACUCUCAAUCCGGAAUUUAAUGAGGACUUCUUCUACGAGAUGGAGCUCUCUGCUCUGGCCACCAAGACUCUGGAAGUCACAGUGUGGGACUACGACAUCGGCAAAUCCAACGACUUCAUCGGUGGCGUGGCCCUGGGGCCCGGGGCCCGGGACGAGGCCCGGAAGCACUGGAGUGACUGCCUGCAGCAGCCGGACGCGGCCCUGGAGCGCUGGCACACCCUGACCAGCGAGCUGCCCCCCGCCGCCGGGGCCCUGCCCUCAGCCUGAGCAGGUGGCAGCUGCCCCGCACGGGCCCCGCGGGGCCAGGACCCAACCUCCGCACGAGUGUGUUGCACGUUUACACGGGGUGCAUGCCCCGCCCCCCACUACCUGUCUUAUUUUGUGAGAGUCUGCGUGACCGUGGGUCCGUCCUCUCGCGAGGGGCCGUGGACAUCUACAUUCACAUAUGCAAACUUCCUCCUGCCUGCCUCGCUCCCACACAGAUAUGCAAACACCCAGCCCGGGCACGCCCG